AUGUUGGGCUUCCGUCAUGUUAUAAGGGCUACUUCAAAGAGGUUUGCUACCAGCGGUACGAGUAUGGUCAGAAAGACUGUUACAUCAGGUAAUAGUAACGCAAUUCGCUCUGCUACUUCUAAUGUUGUCCCACCAGCUUCUUCUGCCGCGGCAGCAUCUGCUCCCUCCACUAUUAAAAGGGUUCCGGGGUAUAACAAAACGUUAGAGGAUUCUUUGAAUGGCACUAUCUUAGAAAAUCCUGUGGAGACUCAGGCCACACAAUCUUCUAAUGAAAUCAACUGGUAUACUAGUUAUCAUGGAAUUGGGUCCAAGCCGUUUUCAGAUGAGACACAAAAUGCUCUAUCAUCAGCUUUGAACGCAGACGAUAUUGAAAUUAAACCAGAUGGAUUAAUUUAUUUGCCCGAGAUUAAGUACCGUAGAAUUUUGAAUAAAGCGUUUGGACCCGGUGGCUGGGGUUUAGUUCCUCGCUCUGAGACUAUAGUGACUGCAAAAUUGGUAACGAGGGAGUAUGCUUUGGUGUGUCAUGGUCAAAUGGUCAGUAUAGCUCGUGGUGAACAAGAUUACUUCAGCGAAACAGGUAUUCCAACUGCCACUGAAGGUUGCAAAUCCAAUGCGUUAAUGAGAUGUUGUAAAGAUCUGGGUAUUGGUUCUGAACUUUGGGACCCCGUAUUUAUCAAACAAUAUAAGAAGAAGCAUUGUACCGAAAAAUUCGUGGAGCAUGUCACUACUAAAAAGAAGAAGAAGAUUUGGCUAAGAAAAGAUAGAGAAGUAGAGUAUCCUUACAAAUAG